GUUGUGCAGAAACGUCAAAAGCACGUGUUGGUGUUAUGUUUUUUACGUUUGUUUUCUUCUAAACUUUAUUCAAGAAAUUUUUGGAUUAUUUAAAUAAAAUAUUGAUGUAAAUAAUACUUUCCGGUGUUUCCUCAAAUAAUUGUCAAUUUAUGAAGUUUUAAAUAAGUCAGUAAUUGCCAUAUUCCUGGAAUUAUAUUCUCAGCGUCAGUCUGCUUUGUCUUCGAUUGAAAUAUUCGGAUAUUCUGCAAUUCAUAUAAUGCCGAAAAACAUACAAAAAGAGCUUGCCAAAUGUAAGCAUCCGCAAAGUAGAAAAACGUUGGCGCUAGCAAGGAAAAUGAAAAAAAUAAACAAUCGUGAAAAAAAGAAAAUGGGCCACGCUGUGAAAGCGAACAUUGUGGGAAAAAAGUUGGGUUGGUUUGCAGAACAGUUGGAAAAUCGUUCAGAAGCUCUUACCAGUCAAGAAUUUGAAGAACUGAUAAACAGAUAUCUUUCAAGAUUCGACGAGGAGCUAGAACAAAUUAAACUAGUCCAAUCAAUCAAUAAACAGCGAAACAACCAACAUGCAUCCCGAGAGGCAUCCAUCAAAAUGACCCUUGAAAAGGAACAGGAAAACUUCAACGCAGGAGGAUUGGAACUACCGGAUCUUUGUAAUUUAUUGGAGUUCAAGAAGUUUCAACAAUGGGAUGGAAAUGCCCAAUCGAUACAGCAUUUAAAGAUGCAUUUUAUUUCUCGGAAACAGCUUCAGUUGAACAGGAAACAUGUCAAUGAUUCGAGUACAAACGAAAAUAUGGUAACAAAUUGAAA